GGCACCGCAGAAACAACAAGCCCGGAGGAAGAAGGAGCCGAGCGGAUGGAGGAGGCGGUGAAGCCCCGCAGCCGGAGCAAGACCAGCCGGUCCAGAGCGAAGGAAAAAAAAAAGAAGAACGAAGAGAAAGAGAGCGGGGCAACCAAACAGCCUUUGUGCAAAGAGAAUGACGAAGAGGCUUUGCGGGAGGAUAGCAGGCCUGAAACGGGACUCGUGGCAGAAUCCAGGCCCCGCCCUCAAGCUGCCCAGAACCCAGGCUCCGUCCUCAAGCCGCCCAGAACCGGGAACAAGGACCUCAAAGUGCCACCCAGAGUGCUCGCUCUUGAAAAUGAAGGGCCCCCAGCAGCUCCCCAAACCCAACCUCCCCUGGGUGCAGAAAUCUUGCAGGAGGGGAAAAACGGGGCAACGGCAGAUGGGCAGGAUCUCAAGGAAGGAGCAGUUAAGGGCAAGAGGACUCCUGACUUGUUGGAAAAAAACAUUCCACCCACGGAAAGUGCGCCCCAUCGUAGCCCUACGCAGCAUCCAGCUGCCCCUUCCUCCGAAAAGGUCCAUGCCCCCGUCUCUGUUCCCAAAACGGGAGUGAAAACACACAUGGAGACCCCCGUCUUUAAAACGCUGUACCCCGAUUUAUCACCGUUGUUAGCCGAAGGCCUGCCGGAUUUUACCUUCCAGCUGCCGCAUCGCGGGGAGAGGUUGUAUCCUGAACUUCCAGUCGAUUCCGAACCGAUUCCAUUUACCAAAGAACAGCUGAAGGUUUUUGAGCCCUGGUCCUGGCUGGGGAACGUCGAGGCUUACGUGGAGGAAUUUGGUAGCCGGGCCUACCAGGACCAGCACGAGUUUUAUGAGCUGGUGUUGAAUUACUGCCGAUGUCGGAAACAGUUGCUGCUAGCCGAAGCCAAAUUGCAGAGCCUUUCCCUGGAUAGCGAAAGUGUCAAAGAGCGGCUGUGGAUUUUCAGGGAUAAGCAGGAGA